AAAAGUAGCAGAAAGGCAUCUCUUAUCUCAUAUGGCCGGUAAAGCAAAUCCAAAACCGUUACAUACCUUGUUUUAUUUGACAAUGAUCAUAUGUAAUUGUUUCUUAACUCGUUAAAAUGAGCCAUAUCAACUGAAAGUCAAUUAGUCUUGAAAAGUAGUCGUAAAGAUUUCCUAUCAUCUUAUCUGAAGGAUCUUUACAAGCACUUUUGCAGCAUUUUGACUUUGACAAGCUUUGACAUUACACUUUCUAGCUCGUCAUUUCAAGCAUUUUUGUUUCUUGUGCAGCUUAGCAUUUCAUUCUGUCUCUAGAAUGGCGCCUUUACAAGUGGUCAUCGUUGGUGCUGGGCCAUCUGGCAUUGCAGCAGCAACUCGUCUCUUAACAAAAGGUGUCGACAAAAUUGUGUUGCUUGAAGCAGAAAAUAGGAUUGGUGGAAGAAUUCACACUGUUCCUUUUGGGGAUGGUGUUGUUGAUCUGGGGGCGCAAUUUUGUCAUGGAGAGAAAGGAAAUGUAGUGUAUGACAUGGCUCAUCCGCUGGAUUUGUUAGAGUCAUCUAUGGAAUUGUACAACAAUAUGACCUUUUUUAAAUCCUCUGGUCAAAUGGUUGAUUCAAAUGUUGGUUCAUGGCUUUUCGGUAUGUGUUUAGAUAUAACAGAUGAGGCUGGGAAGGAGCUUCAAAACUACCGCCUUUCCCUGGGGGAUUAUGUCACAUCUGAAUUUCAUAAGCGCGUGAAGAAAGAAACAUCUCCAAAAAAUUUAACAAGUGCCCUGACACAUGAAUUUUUGGAAUGGUUUCAUCAGUUUGAAAAUUCAAUUGAUGGCUCUGACUCAUGGUUUGAAACAUCAGGGUCUGGGCACACUCAGUAUGUUGAAUGUGAGGGAGACCCAGUUUUGGUGUGGAAACAGGGUGGUUACAGCAAAGUGUUGGACUUGUUGAUGAACAAGUAUCCAAACCCUUCGUUAUCUAUUCCUAUUAGUUCUAAAAUCUUGACUGAGAAAGUUGUAACUAGAAUCUUAUGGGAUCAAGUAAAUGGAGCUCCUGUCUCAGUUUACUGUCAAGAUGGUUCACAAUAUGAUACAGAUCAUGUCAUUGUGACUAUUUCCUUAGGUGUUCUGAAAGAGCAAGCUCCACAACUGUUUUCUCCUUCUCUUCCCAGGCCAAAACUGGAUGCCAUUAAUGGACUCUCAAUUGGUGCAGUAGAUAAAAUAUUUUUGAAAUUUCCUGAAACCUGGUGGCCUGAGAAUAUUCAUGGUUUUAGUUUAUUGUGGUCUGAAGAGGAUAAAAAAAUAUUUCAAGAGAAAUAUAAAAACAAUGAGAAAAAACUGUGGAUGCAAAAAGUGUUUGGAUUUUACAAAGACCUUCAUCAACCAGGAGUACUGUGUGGCUGGAUUGUUGGACCUGGUGCUAGGAUGAUGGAGUCUUGUUCAGAUCAAGAGGUAGUUGAGAGCUGUCAAGAGUUACUUUCUCAAUUUCUUGGUCAAUGCUACAAUAUUCCAAAAAUUCAGGCAAUUGCUAGAUCAAAGUGGUACAGUAAUCCUCACUUCAGAGGAUCUUACAGUUUUCGAAGUAUGAACACAGAAAAAAUGAAUGUGAAUGCUAAGCAACUGGCUGAACCACUCAAAAACAGAAAAAACAGAAAGGUGGUGCAUUUUGCAGGAGAAGCAACCCAUGAACACUUCUUUUCUACUGUGCAUGGAGCAAUUGAAACAGGAUGGAGAGAAGCUGAAUGUAUUUUGGAGGAAAUCAGAUGCAGGAAGUGCUCCCUCUAGAUAGCCUUGGGACUGAUUUUGACUGGUGAUAUAUGGUUUAGAGCUUUAUUUUAUAUUUUUUUUAAAUAAAAAGUUAAGUAAAAUUUACAUGGUUUGAGAGUGUAUUAGCAACAGCUCAAUGUAAUUAAGGGGGAAAACAAUUGACAAUACACAAUUCAUCAAAUUGUGAAAAAAACAAAUUCACAGUAAGGGGGAAUGAUUUUUGAGAGCCAUGAGGGCUUUGAGGUUGUGAUACAUGUACAUACCAAUAUAUUUAAAUUUUCUUUCUUAGAAUUUGAA